AUGGAGGAAUACAACAAGCAAGCAUCGGAAUUCAUCUUCCGCGAGAACAACUCAAAUGGUCGCGUCCCGGACGACACCAUUGAUCUUCAUGGCCAAUUCGUAGAGGAAGCCGAGGAUAUCCUCGAAGAAAGAAUUAAAUACGCUAGGGCGCAUGGCCAAACGCAUCUUCAUGUUAUCGUGGGCAAGGGUAACCACUCUGUUAACCACAUCCAAAAAAUCAAACCUCGUGUGGAGCAAGUCUGUCGCGAUUUGGGCCUGCAAUAUCGCACUGAGGAAAAUGCUGGAAGGAUCUAUGUCAACCUGACCGGUGGUCCAGCUGACAUGCCCCCACAAGGGCAGCACCACAAGCCUCCACAGCAACAUGGGGGCCAGCACCAACAGCAACAAGGGGGUGGUGUUGUGGAGGAAGUCGUUGCUAAAGCACUGCCAAAGAUUUUGCGCAAGUUGGAAAAAGCUUGCUGUAUUGUUAUGUGA